UUGUGGAAGAAGUCACCAAAAAUGGCGGAAAAUGUUGGAAGCGGCGAAAGCGAGAGCGAGUUCGGCAGUGUCACUUCCUCUCAGAUAUCUUUCCUUAAUAACUGCCCCUUCGCCGGAGUGGAAGAAGACACUGACUCGGACGGCACGGAGGUUCUCGGGACCCCGAUAUCUCCGCCGCUUACCCGAACUCCGAUCCUCUCGCUCUCGACUCCGAUCAGCCUCGAUUCCAUCAACGAUGAGGACGUGUUCCGUACUCCUCCCGAGAACGCGUCUCUCUCCUCCUCCGCAGCCGAAUCCGAACCCAGAGCUAGGGCUUCGGAGCUCAAACCUCGGCGACGAGGAGGAGGUUCGAAAUCGAAUUCUCCGUCGCGUGUUUCUGCUUCACCGUCUCUCACGGCGGAGACUGUCAGGGUUUUGGAGAUGAGUCGUGUUUCCGAUCGCAAAGAAUCUGUCACGGAGGUGACGCCUCUUUCUCCUCCGUCAUCUCUCGCGGCCGGCGAUGUUAGGGUUCCGGGAAAGCAUUCCGAUCUCGAUUCUCCUUCUCCUGAGUCUGCAACUGAAGGAAUCAAGGUCACUGAAAGUGGUGGUGGUGAUGAUUAUGAAAUUGAGAUUCCCUUCAAAGAAGUUAUCGAAGCUCUUCUUCGUAACAAUGGAGAGAAUCUCGACGAAAGAGAUGAGAGAGUUAGCUACGUUGACAUCCUCAAACGAUAUGGCCUCAAGUUCCCCUAAAUAGAUACUAAUUCAACU